UUUCAAGGAAAGAAAAAACAUCUUCUUUCUACCUUCUGAGAGGCCACGUUAUUCGCAAGAGUAGCCACAAAAGCAAAAACGCAUCGUUUAGAGCUGUUUAAAGCUAUUUGGGGGGACUGCUGCAAUGCUUAUUUCCAAAACAAAAAACCUUACUAAACCCUGAAAGAGAGAGAGAGAGAGAGAGAGAGAUGUUUCAGAGCAGAGUGAUAUCAUCUAUUCUGAAGAGAAACAAAGGAGCUUUUAACACUGUAAUUUCCAGUUUCAAAGGGAAAGCAUUACCCUUUAGAGACUUGAGAGAACACCCAUCAAAUCAUAAGUCGUUCUUCAAUGGCUUCAGAUCUUUACCUGAGGCAGUAAAGGGCCAUCGCAUACCAUCUAUAAGGAAUAUGUCUACUGCAGCAUCUAUUGGCCUGGAAGGUAAGGAGGGACUAAAGCUAUUUGUAACUGGAGGACCUCGUGCUCAAAAAAUGGUUGGGAUAUGGCUUUUUGGUUCUGCUGCUUGGGUUUUUAGCAUGGUGGUGCUUGGUGGUAUCACACGGCUAACUCGAUCUGGUCUUUCAAUGACUGACUGGAAAUUUACUGGUCGCCUCCCUCCUCUUUCGGAUGAGGAAUGGUUGAAUGAAUUUGAAAAAUAUAAGCAGUCACCUGAAUAUAAGCGUGUAAACAAAGGGAUGAGUGUUGAAGAUUUCAAAUUUAUAUAUUGGAUGGAAUACGCGCAUCGUAUGUGGGGAAGGGGACUCGGUAUCAUGUUCGCUCUGCCAUUUUCUUAUUUUCUUCGCAAGGGAUAUAUAACAUUGCAACUUGGACUAAGACUAUCUGCUCUUUUUGCCCUUGGUGCUGGGCAGGGUCUAAUUGGCUGGUGGAUGGUCAAAAGUGGUCUAGAGGAGCCACCAUCUGAAUAUGCUCAGCCAAGAGUGAGUCCUUACCGUCUUGCAGCCCAUCUCACUUCAGCAUUUGCUAUCUACAGUGGCCUAUUCUGGACUGCUCUCUCUGUUGUAAUGCCUGAACCUCCUGCCGAAUCACUUGCAUGCGUUCGCGGGGCGGCAACCGUGAAGAGACUUGCUCUUCCUGUUAGUCUUAUUGUAGGCAUGACUGCUAUCUCAGGAGCAUUUGUUGCCGGAAAUGAUGCUGGUCGUGCAUUUAACACAUUCCCCAAGAUGGGUGAUACAUGGAUUCCUGAUGAUAUAUUCGAGAUGAAGCCUCUAAUUCGAAAUUUCUUUGAAAAUACAUCAAUGGUGCAGCUUGACCACCGUAUCCUUGCAACUUCAACCUUAAUCUCAAUUAGUGCAUUAUGGUGGUUCACAAGAAAGUUGGACAUUCAUCCAGCAGUGCGAUCUUUGAUUGGAAGCACUGUUGGCAUGGCUGCUCUUCAGGUCACGUUAGGUGUAUCAACACUUAUAUCAUAUGUACCUGUAUCACUUGGCACUGCACAUCAGGCUGGAGCCUUAACACUUCUAACAUUUAUGCUUCUGCUAAACCAUACGGUGCGCAAGCCAUCUGUAUCCCUUCUUAAAUCACUUCCUCAGGUUGUGAAAGCGGUGUAAUUGGUUAAGAAAUUUGCGAGGGGACUUAGGUUAGUCUUAUCAAAUACGGAAGCCAUUCAUUGGAUUCUCAUUGUUAUAAUUUAAUCAGCAAAUGUUCAAGUUCAGGUCCAUUAUCCUGAACAAAAGGGAGAACAAGGGAAAAACCAAUAUUUUAUAGUGAUGGAGUAGCUGAUGAAAUACCACUGAUGAAAUUUUGUUCACUCUUAGUACCUCGUUCUGAAAAUCUAACAUCAAAUUCAGAACUUCUCGCUAUAGCUUCUGCUGCAGUUAUGAGGAUGUGUGCUGCCAAUUUGGUUUGUCAAUGCAGGAGAAAAUGCAGAGUCCGAACUUGGGAUUGCCUGGUCCUGGAACUGGUAGCAUGCAUAUUAAUAGGUUUAAUGACCUGUUUAAACCUGAACUUUCAAUUUUUUUUCAUUUACGACCAGUUCUCUAAGAUUAUGCACAGAAAUAUAUGGAGUGUUAUUUUUUUCAAAAACACUUCCUGUCGAAUUUUUGAGGCCAAGAGUGUAUACAUGUCCGCCGGAAAGCUGAGUCAUAAAAAAAACAUUAAUGAGUCAGCUAAAAAUUAAGCUGACUCAUCCUUCCCCCAUAAACGCCUCCGCUUUUCACGUAAUCAUCCUUCUGCCCUGAUUUGGUUUUGUUGCAAGGGUGUAUCUCACCAUAGCAAACAAUUCUGGUGAAGCUUGAAGAUGUCGACAGAGAGUGUGGAUACAGUUGCUUCUCAACCAAGUGCGAUUUGCAGACAUGGAGCCACUGAAUUGCUAACUUCUUGGAGCUUGGAUAACCCAGGUUAGAUAUUUGAGUUGCAGAUUGUGGCAGCAAGUUGGAGAUUGUUGAUAUUUUCAGUGGGUUGAGGAACCGUACAUUUGAAGAGUGUAGAGCAAAGAUUGGAGAAGAAGUGCUUAGAAGAAACUUUGAAGGCAAAAGAAGCACAUUUGAAGUAUGUAGAGCAAAGACUGGAGUUGACUAAGGAAGAAAAUGGUGGGUUAGUUGAAGAACUGUAGAAAGCCAAUGAAGCCAAGGCUAUUUUUAUGACUCAGCUUUUCGGCGGACACCCUGAAAAACUGACGGAAGGUGUUUUUGAAAAAAAAAAAACACACUCCAUAUAUUUCUGUGCAAAAUCUUAGAGAAUUGGUCAUAAAUGGAAAAAGAAUGAAAGUUCAGGUUUAAACAGGUCAUUAAGCCAUAUUAAUAACAUGAAAAUAAAAUUUUGGACAUACCAUCUGCAAAGUCAUUGUAUUUGUUCUGUGAUUGAUUAGAAGGGACUUGUGAUACUACUUGUAUACUGCCAACAUGUAUACUUCUAACUACUUGGUUAACAUAUUUAUGCAUUGUGCGUGUAUUUUACAGCUUAUGUCA